UGGCUGCUGGAAAGAGGAGAAAGCAAACAAUUUUCAGGCCCGCCGCGUCCAGCAAAAAAUAUGAGAAAAAAAUUAUUAAAAAUUCGGAGAAGAGUUGAAAGUCCAGAAAAACGCUCUAGAAAGGAUGUUAAGGCUCCCACGGGCCUGGUCUCUCCGUGGUGUUGAAGAUUUGGCCUCUCUUGCUCCGUCAGCAUUCGGACACACUGCACGUGUCCACCGCGUGGCCAGCCCGUGCUAAGUUGCCAUGGCCACAGUCUCCCCUGAUGAUGACUGCCCCAACCCGGCAGAGCGUGACCGAGCGAGGAAGAGGAGGCUGGAGGGAAAAGGGAGGAAGAACUUCCUGUGUCAGCUAUGUGAGAAGGCCUUCAACAGCGUGGAGAAGCUGAAGGUGCACUCUUACUCUCACACGGGCGAGAGGCCGUACCGCUGCACACACAACGACUGCACCAAGGCCUUCGUCUCCAAGUACAAACUGCUACGGCACAUGGCCACACACUCACCAGAGAAGACCCAUAAGUGCAGCUACUGUGAGAAGAUGUUUCAUCGCAAAGACCACCUGAAGAACCACCUUCACACGCAUGACCCCAACAAAGAGGCCUUCAGCUGCACAGAGUGCGGCAAGAGCUACAACACCAAGCUGGGCUUUCGACGGCACCAGGCCCUCCACUCUGCUCACCACGGAGACCUCACCUGUCAGGUGUGUCUGCAGCCAUACCCAAGCACCACUUUGCUGCUGGAGCACCUGCGUAGCCAUGCUGGCAAGAGUGCCACUGGGGCUAAGGAGAAGCGCCACCAGUGCGAGCACUGCGAGCGGCGCUUCUACACCCGCAAGGACGUGCGUCGUCACCUGGUGGUACACACAGGCCGCAAGGACUUCCUGUGCCAGUACUGUGCCCAGCGCUUCGGCCGCAAGGACCACCUGACCCGGCAUGUGAAGAAGAGCCACGCCCACGAGCUGCUGCGGGUGAAAGCAGAGCCAAUGGAGCUGCUGGAGCCACACCAAACUCCAACAUCGGGAUCCCUGGCAUUACGCUACCCGAGAGGUCACACGUCCUACUCGCCACCGCCCCCUCUGAGAGCGGAGAUCGAAAGCUAUCUCCUAGAGCUGCAGGCGGAGGACGCUCCCAAGCUGAAUACUGCUGCUGCCACAUCCGCUGGAGAAACGACACCAUCUCUGGACUUCCUGUCUCCGCUGUUCAACUUCCUGCCCUAUGGUCAAGGGGCAGGGCCUGCCCUGGGGGUUUCCUACAGCCAGGAGGAAGGGCUGCCCAUAAUAACGCCCUCCCAAGAUGUGCCUGACCCUCUAGGUGCACUUCACACGCUCCCGCACCCACCCACGCUCACACAGACGCAUGGGCUCACUUCCAGUUACACGCACUCACAAAGCCUGAAUACAACCACCACCCUGCCUCGAUUCCACCAGGCCUUCCAGUGACCCAAUGUAAAUGUACGCACGUACCUAGCUACCUUAGCACUUACUCGAAAGCAUACCCACACUUUACUGUCAACUUGGCACUUAAUUGUAAACAAAAAAAAACACAACAUUGUGACUCUCUUUCUCAAGCCAGUAACACGGUUAUAAUAUAUGUGCCUUUGAGAACAUAUCACUUACUUGUUUAUAUCUGGAGGCGUUUUAGCAAUAGAGGAUGUUGAACAUCACCUGACAGCUGUCAUUCAAAAUGAAACAAUCACUUUGAUAAAGCAUGCGUGCCUGCAAAGCAGAGCUCAGUUUGCAGUGAAGUUUUGCUCUCAAAUGCUGAGAGCAUGUAGCUUUCAAAACCCUCCCAUUUAGCACUUUGAACUUCUAAUGAUGCGGAAGUUCCAUCAAAGCUAAAAAAUAUAUAUUUUUCAGAUUCUUUUUGUUGUUGUUGUUGAUCUUCAUUCUCAUUUGUUGGCCCAUAAGCUGUUGGGUACUGAAAUGCCAGCGUUUGAGUGACAGUGUCAGAAAUCUACACAGCCAAAGGCAACCAAACCCCUCAGAGCCAGAGUGAGGAAGGCUCAUCUCGUUUUGCUUUUAUUUUUUUAUUAUUAUUUUUUUUUUUCUGAUGGCCAUUUGCCUUCAUGCUGCUGCUCAUUUUAAGGGCCUAAAACGUUAUCAACGCAGAUCUGCUUCACAGUACAAAGCAAUAAAGGGAAACAUUGACUGACUAUACAAAUCAAAGACUAUCACAUGGACACACCAACAGCUCUUAAACACUCUCCCCCUAUCUUUUUCCCUUUGCUGUUUCCAUGUACGUUCGGAUACCAACACAACCCUCAACCUCAUCCGCCAGACUGCUAUCCACUGCACUGAUUCAAGCCACCAGUAAAGCAAAUGCAUUCACACAAAACUCUUAAGGAACACAGUUUUGCAGAUAUUUAUACAACCCUAAAUCAAAGGUAAUUGGAAAACAGCAAGCAUUGUUUCUUACAUUUACUUUGACUUUGUUGCAGACAGCAUAAACUUAACACAUUUAAAUUUUUAAUAGACAUCUAUUCCUGCAUUUCAGGCCUGAAACAAACGCUGUUAAGCAUUUACCACAUUGUAAUCACAACACUCGAGAGACCUUUUGGUGCUACGAAUUAGGAUAUUAAAUAAGUAAUAUUAAGGUGUGCAACAGUGCCUGGUCAUUACUGUCACUCAAUUUAAGCAAGGUCAGGACUGCAGGCACACCAGUCCAGAACCCAUACCCUUUUCUUCCACAGCCAUCCCUUUGUAAUGUGUGCACCAUAUGGUUUUGCAUUGUCUUGUUAAAAAAUGCAUGGACGUCCCUGGAAAAGAUGUCCUGAGUCUGGAUGGGCAGAAGUAGACAGAAUCUAUGUCUUACAAAACAGAUCUAGUAUACUGAUUUAAAUGACAACACACAUUUCCUCUGUGUAAUGGUCUAUUUCAGAUGCCUCAGAGCCCAGAGAAGUCAACACCACUUUUGAACAUAGUUAACAUAAAGCUUUUUUUUUGCAGAGGGACGUUUUAAGUAGCAAUCAUGAAUUUUGUAGAGCAUCAUUAAAGUUUUCUACAGUGGUUUAAUGUGGUUUAAUUAGAUCUGGGUGAAUACCAGAUCUGAGUUCUUUGAAUCAUUUAUUGUUACUAUGCACUGUAGAGGGGAAAUAUGCAAUUCUCUUUCAAUCUUUUAAUGAAUACUUUUUUCAAUCUUUAUUUUUAACUAAAUACUUGCCUAUUACUAUUACAGAAAUGCAGGAAGUGAUGUAAAUUAACAAAUGAACUGAAGUUCACUAGACAAAACAUAAAAUACAGAGUCUUGGGUUUAAACUGUCUGCAGUGCUAUAUAAAAGUUAAAGAAAACGCAAGAAACACUUUAUACUGCCCAAACAAAUGUUCUGAGUUGAGUUUGUAUAUUUAUAUGGGCUUUAGAAACCCAUAUAUGAAUUAAACUAUCCUUUGUAAUUUUCAUACACAAAACUUCCAGCCAAACCCCUCUAUGAAAAGAUUUUUAUAUGUGUAUGAGAGAUCUUGCUUAGGGCGGGGAUCACAGAGGCGUGUGUUGAGUGAAUGUUUAGUUUGUGUUGAAUUUACAUUGGGAGCUGGUUGUUGGGUGCUGGAAAGCCUCCAUGUCGGGCAUAUGUUUCAUAAUAGCACUUUCUAUAAAAAAAAAACUCUGAUGCCUUUGUUUUGUCCUAUGUUUUUUUUGUUUGUUUAAAAAGAACCUUUGUCAUAAAUGGUUUAGAUGUCAUAUUUAGCUUGUUAGCAGAUUGUUAGCAUGUAUAUAUAAAAUGCUAUAUGUGUGUGAUAUUUUUACAGGUACACUUCAUACAGUGUUUAACUUUGUACAUUUCUCCAGUUUUUUGCUUUAUUGCACAAAACGUCUGUGUCUCUCACUGAGACUUUUAACUUUAACACAAAAAGAAGGUUUAUUCCACCCGCACUUCUUCAAAGCACUUCCUUUAUUAUUUUUUUGUUUGUUUCCCAUUACGUUCGAAAAUGGUUUGUAUAAAUGUAUACAUGAACUUAAAGCAGUUUGUAAAUACUUCAGUAUUGACAGAAGUGUAUAAAACUGGGAAGACCUGAAUGCCUCAAUCUUUUAAAGGUGUAACACAGUGAUGUCAUUGAUGCUGCUGAGUGAAUGACUCGAAUGAUCGAGUUGCUCUGUUUUCACUGGGAGACACAGACCUUUAGCAAUUCAAACGUUCGACUGUUUCAGUGGUACCAUCAUCUACAUCGUGUGUGUAACAUGUAUGCGAGUGUAACACAAUCUCUCUGUUUUGGAUAAUGCUGCUAAUGGACAAAGUAUAGCCCCUGAUGGCGCAACAGACGUUCUCUCCUCAAGUUUUUUUAUAUUUCUUUUAUAAAUAUAAUUAUUUUUUUCUUUCCCCCCCACCCUUUUCAAAUCCAAGACCAUAAGCGUCUGAAGGAGUGAGCGGGAUUGUGUCCAUCUGCCUUAUAUCGGGAAGUGUGAGGAGGUCUUGGGAAGUUAGUGAAGCCUUUUUUGUUCACAAACCUGUUUGGGAGCCAGAUGUUGCCAUUGUAUCGUUCACAGAGCCCAAGUGAAACGGACCUCUUAUAUCACAACCUGUUGAAGAAGAGAAGAAAAAGAGAGAAGAGCAUUUAGUGCAUCCUGAGACAGCAUUCCAGCCAUAAUGGUGUUUUACAUUGUGUCCUUUUAUGUCCUUUAUCGUUUUUAAUCGCAUUUCUGUAAUGCCAUCCUGUGAUAGUGGCUAUUGCUAAUCAUGUAUAUGUUACUUUAAUGUACUUUUACAAACUACUGUUGUGUAUGUGUAUAGCCCAAGACAGAAUGAUUCAUAUAUCUCUUUAUGUUUGUAUGGUGUGAAUGUGAGCAUGUGUGUGUGUGUGUGUGUGUGUGUGUGUGUGUACAUGUAUGUGCGCAUGUAUUUGUAUUUAGAACUUGCUGCUGCAGCCUGCAUUUCCUUUCGUCUCCUCCAGAUGACAUCAUCCAAAGAGAAAGAUAUUUAUUGGCUGGCUAGGUGAGCCAGGUGUAUGCUGUAGAAGGUGAACGGCUGGCUGUUAGCGUGUGUGUCUGAGAGAGAGAAAGAGAGAGAGAAUGCAGGAGAAAGAGAGAGAGAACGAGAGAGCGAGAAAGAGAGAUUGUGUGUCUGUGUGCAUUCAGACGACCUUUGCUGCUAUGUGAGGAGAGGAGAGAUUCGGUCCAGUGUUAAUACUGUCCACAGUACUGAGCUCAAUAAACAUACCAGAAGGACUCACUUUA